AUGAAAUCUGCACGCAAGAGAGCAAGACUUGAAAAGCGGCGAGCUGAGAUACCAAAGUAUCUUAGCUCGUCGCUGAUUGAGAAGAGCGAAGAGAUACUGUCUGCAACCAAAUUGAAAGGCUGCACAGGCCAAAACAUAUCACUAUCCCCAAGAGGAUACAUAAAUUACCAAGGUUCCGCUUUUGAAAGUCGCUCCGAGUGA